AUGUCACGAGUUCCUAUCGUUUUCUGCAAUAUUUGGUUUUUGCCAAAGCGUUUCUCGGGCAUCGGUUUUGGGCGUGUUGAUACACUAAAGUGGCGUUGUUGCCCCGUAAUCAAAUUUGAUGAGAUUAUCGUCUUCGGAAUUGCUUUGGAUCCUUUCCUCCGACCAGCACCAUUAAUUGGUGCCACGAGUCUCUGUUCACCGUUCACCACGUUUGAUUUGGUUCGAUUCAUUGAUUGUUAUGGUGGUCUUCUCAGCGUUCCUGUAAAAUGUUAUGUUCUGUCGCUAUACCAGUGCGUCUCUAGCGUUCUCUGA